UGUGUAGCCCCAGCAGUGCCACCUGUCAGUGGUCAUCAGUGCCAGCUGUCAGUGCUCAUCCAUGCCACCUGCCAGUGCCCAUCAGUGCCACAUCAAUGCCACAUAUCAGUGCCCCCAUCAGUGCCAGUCAGUGCCACCUAUCAAUGCCAGUCAGUGCCACCUAUCAGUGCUGCCAAUCAGUGCCGCCUAUUAGUGCCAGUCAGUGCUGCCUAUCAGUGUGCAUCAGUGCCGCCUAUCAGUGCCAUAUAUGAGUGCUGCCUUUCAGUGCCCAUCAGUAAUGCCUGUCAAUGCCCAUCAGUGCCACCUACCAAUGCCACCUAUCAGUGUCCAUCAGUGCAGCCUAUCAGUGCCCAUCACUACAGCCUCAUUAGCGCACAUCAGUGAAGGAGAAAAAUCACUUAUUUACAACAUUUUAUAACAAAAACUAAGAAAACUUUUUUUUUUCAAAAUUUUCU